UCUAGCUAGCUAACUUGUAUUUGUAGCUAGCGCUGAUAUAGCUAGCUGUUACCAACGUCAAAUACGCUGGUGUUUAGACUCGAGUCAUGUCAUGAUGUUGCUAUCAAGCUUGGGAGUUGCAAAGCUGGUCUAAUAAUGGUAUUUAGCUUGCUAAUAAUGGUAGCUUGCUCCAUCGGGUAUAUUUAGAAGACGUGUAAUAGCUUGCUAAAUAGGUUUGGCACCUCUACAGCCGCCAUAUAUUGUUAGUAUCAUAAAACCCGAUUCACCACUUUUGCAGCUGUGUUUACGUUAGCCGGUGGUCAUGACUCUCAGUUCCACAACAUUACACAUAAUAGUCAUUGGACGAAGGCGUAUUCUGUAUGGGGGAGGUUAUCCGCGACGCAUCGCUUGCGGUACGGUUGUGGAAAACAAAAGGUCAUAUUGAUACACGCCUUUUUUUAUAGGAUUAUGGUUCCCAUAUGGCCAUAUUUCCAUGCUACAGCUCUUGUUUACAGGAAAACAGACGGGAGACCGAGUGGACUACUUGUGCUAAUUAGCUAUCUGCGUUUCCAAACACCUAAGUUACUGUAUGUGUAAACGGAAGACAUAUGCCACAAACGUGUUGUCUAGUCAAUGAAAAGUACUGUCGGCUGCUGUGUUAAACGCGGUUAAAACAGUGUACAGUGUGAGAGCUGCCAGUGCUGGGACAGUCCGUCCGUGUGUGUGUCAGUUGACUGGCACAGUGCGGAAUGCAAGAUGCUGCUCUCCCUUGGGAUGCUGAUGCUGUCUGCCACACAGAUCUACACCAUCUUCACCGUGCAGCUCUUCGCUUUCCUCAACCUGCUGCCCGUUGAGGCCGACAUCUCUGCCUACACAUUUGACAACAAGACAGGUAAUUUUGAUGACCUGCCUGCACGGUUUGGGUACCGGCUGCCCAGCGAUGGACUCAAGGGCUUUCUGAUUGGUGCACGGCCCGAAAAUGCCUGCGAGCCCAUCGACCCGCCCCCUAUCCGGGACAACCUCACUGGCGCCUUCAUCGUGCUCAUCAAGCGCUUCGACUGUAACUUUGACAUCAAGGUGCUUAAUGCCCAGAAGGCCGGGUACAAGUCGGCCAUUGUUCACAACGUGGACUCUGAUGACUUAAUCAGCAUGGGAUCCAAUGAUCUGGAUAUUUUGAAGCAAAUUGACAUUCCAUCAGUGUUUGUUAGUGAAGAGACUGCCAACUCCCUGAAAGAAGACUACACAUACGACAAGGGGGGUCAUGUGGUCCUCAUGCCAGACUUCAGCCUGCCUCUGGAAUACUACCUGAUCCCCUUCCUCAUCACCGUGGGAAUCUGCCUCAUCCUCAUCGUUGUUUUCAUGAUCACCAAGUUUGUCCAGGACAGACACAGGGCUCGGAGAAGCCGUUUGCGCAAGGACCAACUGAAGAAACUCCCCAUUCACAAGUACAAGAAAGGCGACGUCUACGAUGUCUGCGCCAUCUGCCUCGACGAGUAUGAGGAUGGAGACAAGCUCCGGGUUCUUCCCUGCUCCCACGCUUACCACAGCAAAUGCGUGGACCCCUGGCUAACCAAGACCAAGAAGACAUGUCCCGUGUGCAAGCAGAAGGUGGUCCCCUCCGCAGGCGACUCGGACUCGGAGGACGACAGCGGGACCGAGGAGAACGAGGUGUCUGAGAGCACUCCGCUGCUGCGCUCCCUGGCCUCCGCCAGCGGCCACGGCUUCGGCGCCACGUCAGGGGCCUCUCGCUCCGAGCCCGAUCAGGAGUCCUCGGAGUACGAAGACACCAGCGACGACAGCGAGGAGGAGGACGUCACCGUGGAGACUGAGACGGUGGUGGUCCAGCUGCAGGAGCCUCGUCCCGAUGACCAUGACGCGCCUGAUUGGUUGGCCUGAGUUGACGGACAGGUCACCCGGUUUCCCCCCGCCUCUCCCUCCCCACUCACCCUACAGGCUUGCAGCAGCAGAGACUCACGCUGGAGACUCACGCUGGAGACUCACGCUGGAGACUCACCCGAGACUGUGUGUUUAAUUUGGAAGUCCCCGAUUUAAUAAAAAUUAGUUUUAUCUCCCUCUUUAAGUUUAGAAUGCAAAUCACCAUAAUAAUCCGUUUGUUGUAUGUUUAACCUGAUUUACUGAGCAGUGUCAUCGCGUGUUUUUGGGCUAACCGACGACAUAGAUUUCACAGGAACAUUGCAGUAGACUUCACUGUAGUUAAGUCUGUACGGGGUGGUAGAAUGCCGGAGACAUCCUCCGACUGCGGUUUACACUCAUCACUGUGAGAAAGGGCUCGACACCAACUACGAAGGAAUGCGUUGUGUGUGUGUGUGUAAAAAAAUGUAUAGAUCACCAUCCGUAUCAUCACCAUCCAACAUGUUAAAACAUUAUUUUGGUAGCCUGCAUAUCUGUAUGCCUCUGUAUCAGAAGGUGAGGAGUUCUAAUAUUGUAUAUAUUCUUACUGCUUGUAUAGAAAUAUCAAGCAGUAUUCAGCAGCCUUUUAUAAAUUGAUUGACCUGAUCUUUUCCCAUAAGGACUAUAUAGAAACGAGGCCAUGGGAACACGGUUUUGUCAAUCGGUCUCGUGCCAGAGAUAAUGGAGUCAUAGAGUACGAUUUGGAUGCGACUGAUCUGGUACUUUGAUAAUGCAAAAAGGCAAAAAAAACCUGUUUGUGGUGCUGCAUUUAGCCAAAGGAAGUUGUUUGUUUGUUUGCCCAAUGUUAUGCGUUUUCCUCUCAAGACGUCAUAUGUAAUACAAGCAGAAUGGGGGUGGGGAGACCGUUCUGUUCAGAUAAUACCCACGUCUACACUGCUACAAGCAGCCUGUUGGCUUAAUCUAGACAUACCAGAGAGAUCAUUUCCCUGAAAUACAAGACAUAAUUGGUGGAUAGGUCUCGCAAACAUAUAUUUGGUGUCAUAUCAUUUUAAUACUGUAAGUAGGUAGUUCAAGUAUACAGAACUAAAAUAUAAAAUGCAACAUGUAAAGUGUUGGUCCCGUGUUUCAUGAGCUGAAAUAAACAAAAGCCCAGAAAUAUUUCAUAUACACACACACAAAAAAAUAUUGUUCUGUGCACAUUUGUUGACAUACCUGUUAGUGAGCAUUUCUCCUCUGCCAAAAUAACCCACCUGACAGGUGUGGCUUAUCAAGAAGCUGAUUAAACACGACGAUCAUUACACAUUAUCUGGGGACAAUAAAAGGCCACUCUAAAAUGUGCAGUUUUGUCACAACACAAUGCCACAUGUUUUGAGAUAACGUGCCAUUGGAAUGUCCACCAGAGCUGUUGCAAGACACUUCAAUGUUAAUUUCUCUACAAAAAGAUGCCUCCAACUUCAUUUUUAGAGAAUUUUGCAGGACGUCCACCCGGCCUCACAACCACAGACGACGCCAGCCCAGGACCUCCACAUCUGACUUCUUCACCUGUUGGAGGGGGGGGGGGGGGGUUAGGGUUGCCAAGGAGUAAAGCCCUUUUGGAGAGGAAAAACUCAUUCCGAUUGGCUGAGCCCGGCCAUGUGAAAUCCAUAGAUUAGGGCCUAAUGAAUUUAUUUCAAUUUGACAUAUGAACCAAGUCAGUAAAAUCUUUGAAAUUGUUGCAUGUUGUGUUUAUAUAUAUAUAUUUUUCCCCUAACGUGAAGUUGUUUUAUGUUAAGUCCUUGUUGCCUUUCCUUUUUAUUUGAUACGUCUUACCACUGUCUACAUUCAAUCUAAUUUCACGUCAAUAAACAAUAACAUCUGUAACGUCUACAGAAUGCUGGA